AUGGUUCUUUAUGAUUUGUGUGUGAUUGGCUCGGGAAUUGCAGGAGCUUGUACGUUUCAUCAUGCAACGAAAGAGUAUGAACGAGUCUUGUUGUUGGAACAGUUUGAGUUGAUGCACUCAAAGGGAUCAUCUCAUGGAGAAUCAAGAAUUAUUAGAAUUGCCUAUGAUGAUGUUCAUUAUUCAGCUAUGGCCUCUAAAUCUCUUGAGUUGUGGUCUCAAGUUCCUCACUUUGAAACCUUUUACAAGAAGACUGGUGGUCUCGAUAUUGGUCCUCUUACCGAUGUAAGCAUCAAUAAGGUGGUUCAAGUUUCACGAGAAAGAGGCUUUACUCAUGAAGUUUUACAAGGUCAGCAGUUGCGUGAUCGAUUUCCUCAAUUCUCUGGUCUUCCAGAUGAUACUUUGGCUGUCUAUCAACCAGAAGCUGGAAUGUUAAAUCCAAAUAAGAUCCGCUCGAUUUUGUUGAACAAUGAUGGAAGUGCCUAUGAUCUUGAAAAACACCGUAUUGUAGAGAAGGAACGAGUUGAACAAUUGGUUGAGGACGAAACGAGUGGAAAUUUUACAAUUGUCACAAAUAAGGGAAAUCGAUUUGAAGCAAAAAAGUUGGCAAUCUGUGUUGGUGCUUAUUGUAAAAAGUUUCUUAAAAAGCACUUUGAUUUAGAUAUCCAAUUUGAAGUGUUGAGAAUGUGUUAUUAUUAUUGGAAGAUUGGAGAACUUGGGUUGAAGGAAAAUGUGUAUUUGGAAAAUUCACCAAUUUGGAUCAUGUGGGGACAAGAUCCAUUUGUUCAAGAUGAAAAAUUAGAUUUGGCGUAUUAUGGAUUUCCAAGUUGGGAAAAGCCUGGAUACAUUAAAACUGCAUCUCAUCAUCCGUAUAAAGAUGUAGAAAGAGGCUUCGAUCCUGACGAGAGAGCAGCACUCAUUGAUGAAGGAAAAGAACCGCUAGUUCAGAAAGAAAAAAUUGACAGAACAGUGAAUUUCCUUAAAAACACCACUCCUGAAGGAUAUCUUGAUUUCAAUGAGACUUAUGAGGAGAUUAUUUCUCAGAAGGAUCGUGUAGUGACAUGCUUGUAUGAAAUGACACCAACUGAAGAUUUCAUUAUUGAUUAUUUACCAACUAAAAGCGGUAAAAAGAAUGUUGUUAUGUUUGGUGGCGGAAGUGGACAUGGAUUUAAGUUUGGAAUUGUUGUUGGUAAAAUGUUGUUGGAAUUAUUGAACCAACAAAAUAAUGCAGGAAAAUUCUCUGUGGUGGAUGUUCCUCUAAACAAAUUCUUACUUGACAAGGUUCUCAUUCCAAAACAACAGACAUCUGAUCAGUAA